AUGACAUGGGGAAUACAGGGGUUUAAGGGGGUUAGGGGUUACAAGGGGUUACAAGGGGUUACAAGGGGUUACAAGGGGUUACAGGGGUUACAAAGGGUUUACAAGGGGUGACAGGGGUGACAAGGGGUUACAGGGGGUUGCAAAGGAUUAUAGAAACCUUUUUUUUUUAACUAGAACGUUCCCAGAUACUUUUUCUUGGUCUGUUUUGCAUAAAAAUCAAAGUUGAAGAAAUCUCUAAUUUUUCAUCAAAACGAUGGACUAACCCGUUUGGAAAAAUUCUAAUUUUGCGUUUUUUCGUAAACAGUUGUUUUUAUAGUCUUUAAAGGCUUCUUUUUUUUAUCUAAAACGUCAGCAAACACUUUUUCUCGAUCUAUUUUUUGAUAAAUACAAAAGAUGAAAAAACUUCAACUUUUUGACCAAAAUCAUGGACUGUCCCCUUUGCAAAAAAAUGCCAAUUUUGCCUUCUUUCUAAAUCCAUGUUUAUAUUGUCUAGAAAGGCUUGUUUUCUAACGAGAACGUCACCAAAUACUUUUUCUGGGUGUAUUUUGCAUAAAACGAAACGUUUACAAAAUUUCCAAUUUUUGACCAAAACCAUGGACUAACCCCUUUGCAAAAAUGCCAAUUUUGUGGGUUUUUGAAAGCGAUGUUUUUUUUGUUCAGAAAGGCUUGUUUGCUAUAUAAAACGUCGAAAAUCGUUUUUUCACGGUCUAUUUUCACGAUCUAUGACAUGGGAAUACAGGGGGUUACAAGGGGUUACAUGGGGUUACAAGGGGUUACAAGGGGUUACAAGGGGUUACAGGGGGUUACAAGGGGUUACAAGGGGUUACAAGGGGUUACAGGGGGUUACAAGGGGUUACAAGGGGUGACAGGGGCUGACAAGGGGUUACAGGGGGUUGCAAAGGAUUAUAGAAACCUUUCUUUUUAACUAGAACGUUCCCAGAUACUUUUUCUUGGUCUAUUUUGCAUAAAAAUCAAAGUUGAAGAAAUCUCUAAUUUUUGAUCAAAACGAUGGACUAACCCGUUUGGAAAAGUUCUAAUUUUGCGUUUUUCGUACACAGUUGUUUUUAUAGUCUUUAAAGGAUUCUUUUUUUUAUCUAAAACGUCAGCAAACACUUUUUCUCGAUCUAUUUUUGAUAAAUACAAAACAUGAAAAAACUUCAACUUUUUGACCAAAAUCAUGGGCUGUCCGCUUUGCAAAAAUGCCAAUUUUGCCUUCUUUUUAAAUCCAUGUUUAUAUUGUCUAGAAAGGCUUGUUUCCUAACGAGAACGUCACCAAAUACUUUUUUUGGGUGUAUUUUGCAUAAAACGAAAGGUUUACAAAAUUUCCAAUUUUUGACCAAAACCAUGGACUAACCCUUUUGCAAAAAUGCCAAUUUUGUGGGUUUUUGAUACCGAUGUUUUUUUUUUGUUCAGAAAGGCUUGUUUGCUAUAUAAAACGUCGAAAAUCGAAAAUCGUUUUCACGGUCUAUUUUCACGAUCUAUGACAUGGGAAUACAGGGGUUACAAGGGGUUAAGGGGUUACAAGGGGUUACAGGGGGGUUACAAGGGGUUACAAGGGGUUACAAGGGGGGGGGGGGUUACAAGGGGUUACUGGGGGUUACUAGGGGUUACGGGGGGUUACAAGGGGUUAAAAGGGAUGACAGGGGGUGACAAGCGGUUACAGGAGGUUGAAAAGGAUUACAGAAACCUUUUUUUUUAACUAGAACGUUCCCAGAUACUCUUUCUUGGUCUAUUUUGCAUAAAAAUCAAAGUUGAAGAAAUCUCUAAUUUUUGAUCAAAACGAUGGGAAAAUUCUAAUUUUGCGUUUUUCGUAAACGGUUGUUUUUAUAGUCUUUAAAGGCUUCUUUUUUUAUCUAGAACGUCAGCAAACACUUUUUCUCGAUCAAUUUGUGAUAAAUACAAAAGAUGAAAAAACUUCAACUUUUUGACCAAAAUCAUGGACUGUCCCCUUUGCAAAAAUGCCAAUUUUGCCUUCUUUUUAAAUUCAUGUUUAUAUUGUCUAGAAAGGCUUGUUUUCUAACGAGAACGUCACCAAAUACUUUUUCUGGGUGUAUUUUGCAUAAAACGAAACGUUUACAAAAUUUCCAAUUUUUGACCAAAACCAUGGACUAACCCCUUUGCAAAAAUGCCAAUUUUGUGAGUUUUUGAAACCGAUGUUUUUUUUGUUCAGAAAGGCUUGUUUGCUAUAUAAAACGUCGAAAAUCGUUUUUUCACGGUCUAUUUUCACGAUCUAUGACAUGGGAAUACAGGGGGUUACAAGGGGUUACAGGGGGGUUACAAGGGGUUACAAGGGGCUGCAAUUGGUUACAGGAGGUUACAAGGGGUUACAAGGGGUUAAACGGGUUACAGGGGUUACAAGGGGUUACAAGUGGUGACAGGGGGGGACAAGGGGUUACAGGGGGUUGGAAAGGAUUAUAGAAACCUUUCUUUUUAACUAGAACGUUCCCAGAUACUUUUUCUUGGUCUAUUUUGCAUAAAAAUCAAAGUUGAAGAAAUCUCUAAUUUUUGAUCAAAACGAUGGACUAACCCGUUUGGAAAAAUUCUAAUUUUGCGUUUUUCGUAAACAGUUGUUUUUAUAGUUUUUAUCUAAAACGUCAGCAAACACUUUUUCUCGAUCUAUUUUUGAUAAAUACAAAAGAUGAAAAAACUUCAACUUUUUGACCAAAAUGAUGGACUGUUCCCUUUGCAAAAAUGCCAAUUUUGCCUUCUUUUUAAAUCCAUGUUUAUAUUGUCUAGAAAGGCUUGUUUUCUAACGAGAACGUCACCAAAUACUUUUUCUGGGUGUAUUUUGCAUAAAACGAAACGUUUACAAAAUUUCCAAUUUUUGACCAAAACCAUGGACUAACCCCUUUGCAAAAAUGCCAAUUUUGUGGGUUUUUGAAACUGAUGUUUUUUUUUGUUCAGAAAGGCUUGUUUGCUAUAUAAAACGUCGAAAAUCGUUUUUUCACGGUCUAUUUUCACGAUCUAUGACAUGGGAAUACAGGGGGUUACAAGGGGUUACAGGGGGUUACAAGGGGUUACAAGGGGUGACAGGGGGUUACAAGGGGUUACAGGGGGUUGCAAAGGGGUUACAAGGGGUUACAGGGGGUUACAGGGGGUUACAAGGGGUUACAAGGGGUGACAGGGGGUGACAAGGGGUUACAGGGGGUUGCAAAGGAUUAUAGAAACCUUUUUUUUUAACUAGAACGUUCCCAGAUACUUUUUCUUGGUCUAUUUUGCAUAAAAAUCAAAGUUGAAGAAAUCUCUAAUUUUUGAUCAAAACGAUGGACUAACCCCUUUGGAAAAAUUCUAAUUUUGCGUUUUUCGUAAACAGUUGUUUUUAUAGUCUUUAAAGGCUUCUUUUUUUAUCUAGAACGUCAGCAAACACUUUUUCUCGAUCUAUUUUUGAUAAAUACAAAAGAUGAAAAAACUUCAACUUUUUGACCAAAAUCAUGGACUGUCCUCUUUGCAAAAAUGCCAAUUUUGCCUUCUUUUUAAAUCCAUGUUUAUAUUGUCUAGAAAGGCUUGUUUUCUAACGAGAACGUCACCAAACUUUUUUUCUGGGUGUAUUUUGCAUAAAACGAAACGUUCACAAAAUUUCCAAUUUUUGACCAAAACAAUGGACUAACCCUGUUUGCCAAUUUUGCUUGUUUUCUAACGAGAACGUCAUGGGGACAUAAAACGAAACCAAAAUAUCAAAUUUUUGACCAAAAAAACCCCUUUGCAAAAAUGCCAAUUUUGUGGGUUUUUGAAACCGAUGUUUUUUUUUGUUCAGAAAGGCUUGUUUGCUAUAUAAAACGUCGAAAAUCGUUUUUUCACGGUCUAUUUUCACGAUCUAUGACAUGGGAAUACAAGGGGUUUCAGGGGGUUACAAGGGGUUACAGGGGGUUACAAGGGGUUAAAAGGGGAGACAGGGGGUGACAAGGGGUUACAAGGGGUUGCAAAGGAUUAUAGAAACAUUUUCUUUAAACUAGAUCGUUCCCAGAUAGUUUUUCUUGGUCUAUUUUGCAUAAAAAUCAAUGUUGAAGAAAUCUCUAAUUUUUGAUCAAUACGACGAACUAACCCGUUUGGAAAAAUUCUAAUUAUGCGUUUUUCGUAAACAGUUGUAUUUAUAGUCUUUAAAGGCUUCUUUUUUAUCUAAAACCUCAGCAAACACUUUUUCUCGAUCUCUUUUUGAUAAAUACAAAAGAUGAAAAAACUUCAACUUUUUGACCAAAAUCAUGGACUGUCCCCUUUGCAAAAAUGCCAAUUUUGCCUUCUUUUUAAAUCCAUGUUUAUAUUGUCUAGAAAGGCUUGUUUUCUAACGAGAACGUCACCAAAUACUUUUUCUGGGUGUAUUUUGCAUAAAACGAAACGUUUACAAAAUUUCCAAUUUUUGACCAAAACCAUGGACUAACCCCUUUGCAAAAAUGCCAAUUUUGUGGGUUUUUGAAACCGAUGUUUUUUUUGUUCAGAAAGGCUUGUUUGCUAUAUAAAACGUCGAAAAUCGUUUUUUCACGGUCUAUUUUCACGAUCUAUGACAUUCACGGGGGUUACAAGGGGGUUACAGGGGUUACAAGGGGUUACAGGGGUUACAAGGGGUUACAAGGGGGGGUUACAAGGGGUUACAGGGGUUACAAGGGGUUACAAGGGGUUACAGGGGUUACAAGGGGUUACAAGGGGUGACAGGGGGUGACAAGGGGUUACAGGGGUUGCAAAGGAUUAUAGAAACCUUUUUUUUUAACUAGAACGUUCCCAGAUACUUUUUCUUGGUCUAUUUUGCAUAAAAAUCAAAGUUGAAGAAAUCUCUAAUUUUUGAUCAAAACGAUGGACUAACCCGUUUGGAAAAAUUCUAAUUUUGCGUUUUUCGUAAACAGUUUUUUUUUAUAGUCUUUAAAGGCUUUUUUUUUUAUCUAAAACGUCAGCAAACACUUUUUUUUCUCGAUCUAUUUUUGAUAAAUACAAAAGAUGAUAAAACUUCAACUUUUUGACCAAACUCAUGGACAAUCCCCUUUGCAAAAAUGUCAAUUUUGCCUUCUUUUUAAAUCCAUGUUAAUAUUGUCUAGAAAGGCUUAUUUUCUAACGAGAACGUCACCAAAUACUUUUUCUGGGUCUAUUGUGCAUAAAUUGAAACGUUCACAAAAUUUCAAAUUUUUCACCAAAACCAUGGACUAACCCCUUUGCAAAAAUGCCAAUUUUGUGGUUUUUGAAACCGAUGUUUUUUUUGUUCAGAAAGGCUUGUUUGCUAUAUAAAACGUCGAAAAUCGUUUUUUCACGAUCUAUUUUCACGAUCUAUGACAUGGGAAUACAGGGGGUUACAAGAGGUUACAGGGGGUUACAAGGGGUUACAGGGGGUUACAAGGGGUUACAAGGGAUGACAGGGGGUAACAAGCGGUUACAGGGGGUUGCGAAGGAUUAUAGAAACCUUUUUUUUUUAACUCGAACGUUCCCAGAUACUCUUUCUUGGUCUAUUUUGCAUCAAAAUCAAAGUUGAAGAAAUCUCUAAUUUUUGAUCAAAACGAUGGAAAAAUUCUAAUUUUGCGUUUUUCGUAAACAGUUGUUUUUAUAGUCUUUAAAGGAUUCUUUAUUUUAUCUAAAACAUCAGCAAACACUUUUUCUCGAUCUAUUUUUGAUAAAUACAAAAAAAAAAACAACUCCAACUUUUUGACCAAAAUCAUGGACUGUUCCCUUUGCAAAAAUGCCAAUUUUGCCUUCUUUUUAAGUCCAUGUUUAUAUUGUCUAGAAAGGCUUGUUUUCUAACGAGAACGUCACCAAAUACGUGUUCAGGGUGUAUUUUGCAUAAAACGAAAGGUUCACAAAAUUUCCAAUUUUUGACCAAAACAAUGGACUAACCCCAUUGCAAAAAGGCCAAUUUUGCCUUCUUUUUAAAUCCAUGUUUAUAUUGUCUAAAAAGGCUUGUUUUCUAAGGAAAACGUCACAAAAUACUUUUUCUGGGUGUAUUUUGCAUAAAACGAAAAAGGUUCAGAAAGGGGUUAGGGGUUAAAAAAAUCGUUUUUUUUCAAGGUGACAUGGGAAUACUUUUUUUUUGACCAAAACAAUGGACUAACCCCUUUUGCAAAAAUGCAUAAAAAAUUUCUAAUUUUUUCAAAAAUGGACUAACCCGUUUGUUUAUAUUUUCUAAAAAGUUGUUUUUGUUUUCUUUUUAACGAGAACGUCACCAAAUACUUUUUCUGGGUGUAUUUUGCAUAAAACGAAAGGUUCACAAAAUUUCCAAUUUUUGACCAAAACAAUGGACUAACCCUGUUGCAAAAAUGCCAAUUUUGCCUUCUUUUUAAAUCCAUGUUUAUAUUGUCUAAAAAGGCUUGUUUUCUAACGAGAACGUCACCAAAUACUUUUUCUAGGUGUAUUUUGUAUAAAACGAAACGUUUACAAAAUUUCAAAUUUUUGACCAAAACCAUGGACUAACCCCUUUGCAAAAAUGCCAAUUUUGUGGGUUUUUGAAACCGAUGUUUUUUUUGUUCAGAAAGGCUUGUUUGCUAUAUAAAACGUCGAAAAUCGUUUUUUCACGGUCUAUUUUCACGAUCUAUGACAUGGGAAUACCGGGGGUUACAAGGGGUUACAGGGGGUUACAAGGGGUUACAAGGGGUUACAAGGGGUGACAAGGGGUUACAGGGGGUUACAAAGGGAUUACAAGGGGUUACAAGGGGUUACAAGGGGUUACAGGGGGUGAAAAAGGGUUACAGGGGGUUGGAAAGGAAUAUAGAAACCUUUUUUUUUAACUAGAUCGUUCCGAGAUACUUUUUCCUUGGCUAUUUUGCAUAAAAAUCAAAGUUGAAGAAAUCUCUAAUUUUCGAUCAAAACGAUGGACUAACCCGUUUGGAAAAAUUCAAAUUUUGCGUUUUUCGUAAACAGUUGUUUUUAUUGUCUUUAAAGGCUUCGUUUUUAUCUAAAACGUCAGAAAACACUUUUUCUCGAUCUAUUUUUGAUAAAUAGAAAAAAAAAAAAACCCAACUUUUUGACCAAAAUCAUGGACUGUUCCCUUUGCAAAAAUGCCAAUUUUGCCUUCUUUUUAAAUCCAUGUUUAUAUUGUCUAGAAAGGCUUGUUUUCUAACGAGAACGUCACCAAAUACUUUUUUUUUCUGGGUGUAUUUUGCAUAAAACGAAAAAGGUUCACAAAAUUUCAAUUUUUGACCAAAACAAUGGACUAACCCCUUUGCAAAAAUGCCAAUUUUGCCUGGGUUUUUUAAAUCCAUGUUUUUUUUGUUCACAAAAAUCUUUUUUUUGUUUUCUAACGAAAAACGUCUCAAAAUAAUUUUUUUUCAAAACAAUGGGGUGUAUUUUUGAUUUUUAUAAAACGAAAGGGUUUAACAAAAUUUCAAAAACUUUUCUGGGUGUUUUUGACCAAAAGGGGUAACCAAAGGGGUUACAAGGGGACUUAAAAAAACCUUGUUUGUGACAAAUUUGCCAAUUUUGCCUUCUUUUUAAAUCCAUGUUUAUAUUGUCUAAAAAACUUUUGUUUUUUAACGAGAACGUUCCCAAAUACUUUUUCUUGGGAUUAUUUUGCAUAAAACGAAAGGUUCACAAAUUUCCAAUUUUUGACCAAAACAAUGGACUAACCCCGUUGCAAAAGGCCAAUUUUUGCCUUUUUUAAAUCGAGUUGUUUUUAUUGUCUUAAAAGGCUUUUUUUCUAACGAGAACGUCACCAAAAACUUUUUCUGGGUGUAUUUUUGAUAAAACGAAAAGUUUAAAAAUUUCAAUUUUUGACCAAAAUCAUGGACUAUCCCCUUUGCAAAAAUGCCAAUUUUGCGUUCUUUUUAAAUCCAUUUUUAUAUUGACUAAAAAGGCUUGUUUUCUAACGAGAACGUCACCAAAUACGUGUUCAGGGUGUAUUUUGCAUAAAACGAAAUGUUCACAAAAUUUCAAAUUUUUGACCAAAACCAUAGACUAACCCCUUUGCAAAAAUGCCAAUUUUGUGGGUUUUUGAAACCGAUGUUUUUUUUGUUCAGAAAGGCUUGUUUGCUAUAUAAAACGUCGAAAAUCGUGUUUUGACGAUCAAUUUUCACCAUCUGUGACAUGGGAAUACCGGGGGGUUACAAGGGGUUACAGGGGGUUACAGGGGGUUACAAUGGGUUACAAGGGGUUACAAAGGGUGACAGGGGGUGACAAAGGGUUACAGGGGGUUGCAAAGGAUUAUAGAAACGUUUUUUUUAACUAGAUCGUUCCGAGAUACUUUUUCUUGGGCUAUUUUGCAUAAAAAUCAAAGUUGAAGAAAUCUCUAAUUUUUGAUCAAAACGAUGGACUAACCCCUUUGGAAAAAUUCUAAUUUUGCGUUUUUCGUAAACAGUUGUUUUUAUUGUCUUUAAAGGCUUCUUUUUUAUCUAAAACGUCAGCAAACACUUUUUCUCGAUCUAUUUUUGAUAAAUACAAAAAAAAAAAAAAAACUCCAACUUUUUGACCAAAAUCAUGGACUGUUCCCUUUGCAAAAAUGCCAAUUUUGCCUUCUUUUUAAAUCCAUGUUUAUAUUGUCUAGAAAGGCUCGUUUUCUAACGAGAACGUCAGCAAAUACUUUUUCUGGGUGUAUUUUGCAUAAAACGAAAGGUUCACAAAAUUUCCAAUUUUUGACCAAAAAAAUGGACUAACCCCGUUGCAAAAAGGCCAAUUUUGCCUUGUUUUGAAAUCCAUGUUUAUUUUGUCUAAAAAGGCUUGUUUUCUAACGAAAACGUCACAAAAUACUUUUUCUGGGUGUAUUUUGCAUAAAACGAAAGGUUCACAAAAUUUCCAAUUUUUGACCAAAACAAUGGACUAACCCCGUUCAAAAAAGGCCAAUUUUGUCUUCUUUUUAAAUCCAUGUUUAUAUUGUCUAAAAAGGCUUGUUUUCUACCGAAAACGUCACAAAAUACUUUUUUUUUUUUUUUUUUUUCAUAAAACGAAAGGUUCACAAAAUUUCCAAUUUUUGACCAAAACAAUGGACUAACCCCGUUGCAAAAAUGCCAAUUUUGCCUUCUUUUUAAAUCCAUGUUUAUAUUGUCUAAAAAGGCUUUUUUUCUAACGAGAACGUCACCAAAUACUUUUUCUGGGUGUAUUUUGCAUAAAACGAAACGUUUACAAAAUUUCCAAUUUUUGACCAAAACCAUGGACUAACCCCUUUGCAAAAAUGCCAAUUUUGUGGGUUUUUGAAACCGAUACUUUUUUUUUUUUUGUUCAGAAAGGCUUGUUUUGCUAUAUAAAACGUCGAAAAUCGUUUUUUCACGGUCUAUUUUCACGAUCUAUGACAUGGGAAUACACAAGGGGUUACAGGGGUUACAAGGGGUUACAAGGGGUUACAGGGGUUACAAGGGGUUACAGGGGUUAGGGGUUAAGGGGUUACAAGGGGUUACAAGGGGUGACAGGGGGUGACAAGGGGUUACAGGGGGUUGCGAAGGAUUAUAGAAACCUUUUUUUUUAACUAGAACGUUCCCAGAUACUUUUUCUUGGUCUAUUUUGCAUAAAAAUCAAAGUUGAAGAAAUCUCUAAUUUUUGAUCAAAACGAUGGACUAACCCGUUUGGAAAGAUUCUAAUUUUGCGUUUUUCGUAAACACUUGUUUUUAUAGUCUUUAAAGGCUUCUUUUUUAUCUAAAACGUCAGCAAACACUUUUUCUCGAUCUAUUUUUGAUAAAUACAAAAGAUGAAAAAACUCCAACUUUUUGAGCAAAAUCAUGGACUGUUCCCUUUGCAAAAAUGCCAAUUUUGCCUUGUUUUUAAAUCCAUGUUUAUAUUGUCUAGAAAGGCUCGUUUUCUAACGAGAACGUCAGCAAAUACUUUUUCUGGGAUUAUUUUGCAUAAAACGAAAGGUUCACAAAAUUUCCAAUUUUUGACCAAAACAAUGGACUAACCCCGUUGCAAAAAGGCCAAUUUUGCCUUCUUUUUAAAUCGAUGUUUAUAUUGUCUAAAAAGGCUUGUUUUCUAACGAGAACGUCACCAAAUACUUUUUCUGGGUGUAUUUUGCAUAAAACGAAACGUUUACAAAAUUUCCACUUUUUGACCAAAACCAUGGACUAACCCCUUUGCAAAAAUGCCAAUUUUGCGUUCUUUUUAAAUCCAUUUUUAUAUUGUCUAAAAAGGCUUGUUUUCUAACGAGAACGUCACCAAAUACGUGUUCAGGGUGUAUUUUGCAUAAAACGAAAUGUUUACAAAAUUUCAAAUUUUUGACCAAAACCAUGGACUAACCCCUUUGCAAAAAUGCCAAUUUUGUGGGUUUUUGAAACCGAUGUUUUUUUUGUUCAGAAAGGCUUGUUUGCUAUAUAAAACGUCGAAAAUCGCGUUUUGACGAUCUAUUGUCACGAUCUAUGACAUGGGAAUACCGGGGGGUUACAAGGGGUUACAGGGGGUUACAAGGGGUUACAAGGGGUUACAAGGGGUUACAAGGGGUUACAGGGGGUUACAAUGGGUUACAAGGGGUUACAAAGGGUGACAGGGGGUGACAAAGGGUUACAGGGGGUUGCAAAGGAUUAUAGAAACCUUUUUUUUAACUAGAUCGUUCCGAGAUACUUUUUCUUGGGCUAUUUUGCAUAAAAAUCAAAGUUGAAGAAAUCUCUAAUUUUUGAUCAAAACGAUGGACUAACCCCUUUGGAAAAAUUCUAAUUUUGCGUUUUUCGUAAACAGUUGUUUUUAUUGUCUUUAAAGGCUUCUUUUUUAUCUAAAACGUCAGCAAACACUUUUUCUCGAUCUAUUUUUGAUAAAUACAAAAAAAAAAAAAACUCCAACUUUUUGACCAAAAUCAUGGACUGUUCCCUUUGCAAAAAUGCCAAUUUUGCCUUGUUUUUAAAUCCAUGUUUAUAUUGUCUAGAAAGGCUCGUUUUCUAACGAGAACGUCAGCAAAUACUUUUUCUGGGUGUAUUUUGCAUAAAACGAAAGGUUCACAAAAUUUCCAAUUUUUGACCAAAACAAUGGACUAACCCCGUUGCAAAAAGGCCAAUUUUGCCUUCUUUUUAAAUCCAUGUUUAUAUUGUCUAAAAAGGCUUGUUUUCUAACGAAAACGUCACAAAAUACUUUUUCUGGGUGUAUUUUGCAUAAAACGAAAGGUUCACAAAAUUUCCAAUUUUUGACCAAAACAAUGGACUAACCCCGUUCCAAAAAGGCCAAUUUUGUCCUCUUUUUAAAUCCAUGUUUAUAUUGUCAAAGUUGAAGAAAUCUCUAAUUUUUGUUUUCUACCGAAAACGUCACAAAAUAUUUUUUUUUGGUGUAUCUUUUGCAUAAAACGAAAGGUUCACAAAACUUUUUUCAAUUUUUGAUAAAAACAAUGGACUAACCCUUUUUUGCAAAAAUGCCAAUUUUGCCUUCUUUUUAAAUCCAUGUUUAUAUUGUCUAAAAAGGCUUGUUUUCUAACGAGAACGUCACCAAAUACUUUUUCUGGGUGUAUUUUGCAUAAAACGAAACGUUUACAAAAUUUCCAAUUUUUGACCAAAACCAUGGACUAACCCCUUUGCAAAAAAUGCCAAUUUUGUGGGUUUUUGAAACCGAUGUUUUUUUUUUGUUCAGAAAGGCUUGUUUGCUAUAUAAAACGUCGAAAAUCGUUUUUUCACGGUCUAUUUUCGAUCGAUCUAUGACAUGGGAAUACAGGGGGUUACAAGGGGUUAAAGGGGUUACAGGGGGUUACAAGGGGUUACAAGGGGUUCCAAGGGGUUACAGGGGUUACAAGGGGUUACAAGGGGUGACAGGGGGUGACAAGGGGUUACAGGGGGUUGCAAAGGAUUAUAGAAAGGAUUUUUUUUUAACUAGAACGUUCCCAGAUACUUUUUCUUGGUCUAUUUUGCAUAAAAAUCAAAGUUGAAGAAAUCUCUAAUUUUUGAUCAAAACGAUGGACUAACCCCUUUGGAAAAAUUCUAAUUUUUCGUUUUUCGUAAACAGUUGUUUUUAUAGUCUUUAAAGGAUUCUUUUUUUUAUCUAAAACGUCAGCAAACAAUUUUUCUCGAUCUAUUUUUGAUAAAUACAAAAGAUGAAAAAACUUCAACUUUUUGACCAAAAUCAUGGACUGUCCCCUUUGCAAAAAUGCCAAUUUUGCCUUCUUUUUAAAUCCAUGUUUAUAUUGUCUAGAAAGGCUUGUUUUCUAACGAGAACGUCACCAAAUACUUUUUCUGGGUGUAUUUUGCAUAAAACGAAACGUUUACAAAAUUUCAAAUUUUUGACCAAAACCAUGGACUAACCCCUUUGCAAAAAUGCCAAUUUUGUGGGUUUUUGAAACCGAUGUUUUUUUUCGUUCAGAAAGGCUUGUUUGCUAUAUAAAACGUCGAAAAUCGUUUUUUCACGGUCUAUUUUCACGAUCUAUGACAUGGGAAUACAGGGGGUUACAAGAGGUUACACGGGGUUACAAGGGGUUACAAGGGGUUACAGGGGGUGACAAGGGGUUACAGGGGGUUGCAAAGGAUUAUAGAAACCUUUCUUUUUAACUAGAACGUUCCCAGAUACUUUUUCUUGGUCUAUUUUGCAUAAAAAUCAAAGUUGAAGAAAUCUCUAAUUUUUGAUCAAAACGAUGGACUAACCCGUUUGGAAAAAUUCUAAUUUUGCGUUUUUCGUAAACAGUUGUUUUUAUAGUCUUUAAAGGCUUCUUUUUUAUCUAAAACGUCAGCAAACACUUUUUCUCGAUCUAUUUUUGAUAAAUACAAAAGAUGAAAAAACUUCAACUUUUUGACCAAAAUCAUGGACUGUCCCCUUUGCAAAAAUGCCAAUUUUGCCUUCUUUUUAAAUCCAUGUUUAUAUUGUCUAGAAAGGCUUGUUUUCUAACGAGAACGUCACCAAAUACUUUUUCUGGGUGUAUUUUGCAUAAAACGAAACGUUUACAAAAUUUCAAAUUUUUGACCAAAACCAUGGACUAACCCCUUUGCAAAAAUGCCAAUUUUGUGGGUUUUUGAAACCGAUGUUUUUUUUGUUCAGAAAGGCUUGUUUGCUAUAUAAAACGUCGAAAAUCGUUUUUUCACGGUCUAUUUUCACGAUCUAUGACAUGGGAAUACAGGGGGUUACAAGGGGUUACAGGGGGUUACAAGGGGUUACAAGGGGUUACAAGGGGUUACAGGGGGUUACAAGGGGGUUGGGUUAAAGGGGUUACAAGGGGUUACAAGGGGGGGUUACAAAAGGGGUGACAGGGGUGACAAGGGGUUACAGGGGGUUGCAAAGGAUUAUAGAAACCUUUUUUUUUAACUAGAACGUUCCCAGAUACUUUUUCUUGGUCUAUUUUGCAUAAAAAUCAAAGUUGAAGAAAUCUCUAAUUUUUGAUCAAAACGAUGGACUAACCCGUUUGGAAAAAUUCUAAUUUUGCGUUUUUCGUAAACAGUUGUUUUUAUAGUCUUUAAAGGCUUCUUUUUUAUCUAAAACGUCAGCAAACACUUUUUCUCGAUCUAUUUUUGAUAAAUACAAAAGAUGAAAAAACUUCAACUUUUUGACCAAAAUCAUGGACUGUCCCCUUUGCAAAAAUGCCAAUUUUGCCUUCUUUUUAAAUCCAUGUUUAUAUUGUCUAAAAAGGCUUGUUUUCUAACGAGAACGUCACCAAAUACUUUUUCUGGGUGUAUUUUGCAUAAAACGAAACGUUUACAAAAUUUCCAAUUUUUGACCAAAACCAUGGACUAACCCCUUUGCAAAAAUGCCAAUUUUGUGGGUUUUUGAAACCGAUGUUUUUUUGUUCAGAAAGGCUUGUUUGCUAUAUAAAACGUCGAAAAUCGUUUUUUCACGGUCUAUUUUCACGAUCUAUGACAUGGGAAUACAGGGGGUUACAAGGGGUUACAGGGGGUUACAAGGGGUUACAAGGGGUUACAAGGGGUUACAGGGGGUUACAAGGGGUUACAGGGGGUUACAAGGGGUUACAAGGGGUGACAAGGGCUGACAAGGGGUUACAGGGGGUUGCAAAGGAUUAUAGAAACCUUUCUUUUUAACUAGAACGUUCCCAGAUACUUUUUCUUGGUCUAUUUUGCAUAAAAAUCAAAGUUGAAGAAAUCUCUAAUUUUUGAUCAAAACGAUGGACUAACCCCUUUGGAAAAAUUCUAAUUUUGCGUUUUUCGUAAACAGUUGUUUUUAUAGUCUUUAAAGGCUUCUUUUUUAUCUAAAACGUCAGCAAACACUUUUUCUCGAUCUAUUUUGAUAAUACAAAAAAUGAGCAAAAAAAAACUUCAACUUUUUGACCAAAAUCAUGGACUAUCCCCUUUGCAAAAAUGCCAAUUUUGCCUUCUUUUUAAAUCCAUGUUUAUAUUGUCUAGAAAGGCUUGUUUUCUAACGAGAACGUCACCAAAUACUUUUUCUGGGUGUAUUUUGCAUAAAACGAAACGUUUACAAAAUUUCAAAUUUUUGACCAAAACCAUGGACUAACCCCUUUGCAAAAAUGCCAAUUUUGUGGGUUUUUGAAACCGAUGUUUUUUUGUUCAGAAAGGCUUGUUUGCUAUAUAAAACGUCGAAAAUCGUUUUUUCACGGUCUAUUUUCACGAUCUAUGACAUGGGAAUACAGGGGUUACAAAAGGGUUACAGAGGGUUACAAAAGGGUUACAAGGGGUUACAAUGGGUUAAAGCGGGUUACAAAGGGGUGACAGGGGGUGACAAAGGGGUUACAGGGGUUACAAAAGGAUUAUAGAAACCUUUUUUAGAAACGUUCCCAGAUACUUUUUUUUCUAUCUAGAACGUUCCCAGAACCAUGGACUAACCCCUUUGGAAAAAAAAUGCCAAUUUUGUGGGUUUUUGAAACCGAUGUUUUUCUUCUUCAGAAAGGCUUGUUUGCUAUAUAAAACGUCAAAAAUCAUUUUUUUCACGAUUUAUUUUUACGAUCUAUGACAUGGGAAUACAGGGGUUACAAAAAGGGGUUACCAAAAAAGGGUUACAAGGGGUUACAAAAGGGUUACAAACGGGUUUUUCACGGUCUAUUUUACAAGGGUUACAAGGGGUUACAAGGGGUUACAAGGGGUUAAAAGGGGUUACAAGGGGUUAGGGGUUACAAGGGGUGACAUUGGGUAACAAAGGGGUGACAGGGGUGACAAGGGGUUACAGGGGGUUGCAAAGGAUUAUAGAAACAUUUCUUUUUAACUAGAACGUUCCCAGAUACUUUUUCUUGGUCUAUUUUGCAUAAAAAUCAAAGUUGAAGAAAUCUCUAAUUUUUGAUCAAAACGAUGGACUAACCCCUUUGGAAAAAUUCUAAUUUUGCGUUUUUCGUAGAUAGUUGUUUUUAUAGUAUUUAAAGGCUUCUUUUUUUAUCUAUAACGUCAGCAGACACUUUUUCUCGAUCUAUUUUUGAUAAAUACAAAAGAUAAAAAAACUUCAACUUUUUGACCAAAAUUAUGGACUGUUCCCUUUGCAAAAAUGCCAAUUUUGCCUUCUUUUUAAAUCCAUGUUUAUAUUGUCUAGAAAGGCUUGUUUACUAACAAGAACGUCACCAAAUACUUUUUCUGGGUGUAUUUUGCAUAAAACGAAACGUUUACAAAAUUUCCAAUUUUUCACCAAAACCAUGGACUAACCCCUUUGCAAAAAUACCAACUUUGUGGGUUUUUGAAACCUAUGUUUUUCUUGUUCAGAAAGGCUUCUUUGCUAUAUAAAAUGUCGAAAAUCGUUUUUUCACGAUUUAUUUUCACGAUCUAAGACAUGGGCAAUACAGGGGGUUACAAGGGGUUACAGGGGGUUAAAAGGGGUUAUAAAGGGUUACAAGGGGUUACAAGGGGUUACAGAGGGUUACAAGGGAUUACGAGGGGUUACAUGGGGUUACAAGGGGUUACAAGGAGUGAGAGUGGGUGAAAAGGGGUUGCAAGGGGUUACAAAGGAUUAUAGAAACUUUUUUCUAACUAGAACGUUCCCAGAUACUUUUUCUUGGUCUAUUUUGCAUAAAAAUCAAAGUUGAAGAAAUCUCUAAUUUUUGAUCUAAACCAUAAACUACCCCUUUUGAAAAAAAUUCUAAUUUUGCGUUUUUCGUAAACAGUUGUUUUUAUAGUCUUUAAAGGCUUCCUUUUUAUCUAGAACGUCAGCAAACACUUUUUCUCCAUCUAUUUUUGAUAAAUACAAAAAAAGAAAAAACCUCAACUUUUUGACCAAAAUCAUGGACUAUCCCCUUUGCAAAAAUGCCAAUUUUGCCUUCUUUUUAAAUCCAUGUUUAUAUUGUCUAGAAAGGCUUGUUUUCUAACGAGAACGUCACCAAAUACUUUUUCUGGGUGUAUUUUGCAUAAAACGAAACGUUCACAAAAUUUCCAAUUUUUGACCAAAACCAUGGACUAACCCCUUUGCAAAAAUCUCAAUUUUUUGGGUUUUUGAAACCGAUAUUUCUUUUUUGUUCAGAAAGGCUUGUUUCCUAUAUAAAACGUCGAAAAUCGUUUUUUCACGGUCUAUUUUCACGAUCUAUGACAUGGGAAUACAGGGGGUUACAAAGGGGGGUUACAUAAAUAGGGGGUUACAAGGGGUUACAAAAUCAAUGGGUUACAAAGGGGUUACAAUGGGUUACAGCGGGUUACAAUGUUUUAUAAGGGGUUACUUGUUUUUAAGGGGUUACAAAAGAUUUAUAGAUACUUUUUCUAUCUAGAACGUUCCCAGAACCAUGGACUAACCCCUUUGCAAAAAUGCCAAUUUUGUGGGUUUUUGAAACCGAUGUUUUUCUUCUUCAGAAAGGCUUGUUUGCUAUAUAAAACGUCAAAAAUCAUUUUUUCACGAUUUAUUUUUACGAUCUAUGACAUGGGAAUACAGGGGGUUACAAGGGGUUACAAAGGGUUACAAGGGGUUACAAGGGGUUACAGAGGGUUACAAGGGAUUACGAGGGGUUACAUGGGGUUACACGGGGUUACAAGGGGUGACAUUGGGUAACAAGGGGUUACAGGGGGUCACAAAGGUUUAUAGAAACUUUUUUCUGACUAGAACGUUCCCAGAUACUUUUUCUUGGUCUAUUUUGCAUAAAAAUCAAAGUUGAAGAAAUCUCUAAUUUUUGAUCAAAACGAUGGACUAACCUCUUUGGAAAAAUUCUAAUUUUGCGUUUUUCGUAAACAGUUGUUUUUAUAGUCUUUAAAGGCUUCCUUUUUAUCUAGAACGUCAGCAAACACUUUUUCUCCAUCUAUUUUUGAUAAAUACAAAAGAUGAAAAAACUUUAACUUUUUGACCAAAAUCAUGGACUAUCCCCUUUGAAAAAAUGCCAAUUUUGCCUUCUUUUUAAAUCCAUGUUUAUAUUGUCUAGAAAGGCUUGUUUUCUAACGAGAACGUCACCAAAUACUUUUUCUGGGUGUAUUUUGCGUAAAACGGAACGUUCAUAUAAUUUCCAAUUUUUCACCAAAACCAUGGACUAACCCCUUUGCAAAAAUACCAACUUUGUGGGUUUUUGAAACCGAUGUUUUUCUUGUUCAGAAAGGCUUCUUUGCUAUAUAAAAUGUCGAAAAUCGUUUUUUCACGAUUUAUUUUCACGAUCUAAGACAUGGGCAAUACAGGGGGUUACAAGGGGUUACAGGGGGUUAAAAGGGGUUAUAAAGGGUUACAAGGGGUUACAAGGGGUUACAGAGGGUUACAAGGGAUUACGAGGGGUUACAUGGGGUUACAAGGGGUUACAAGGAGUGAGAGUGGGUGAAAAGGGGUUGCAAGGGGUUACAAAGGAUUAUAGAAACUUUUUUCUAACUAGAACGUUCCCAGAUACUUUUUCUUGGUCUAUUUUGCAUAAAAAUCAAAGUUGAAGAAAUCUCUAAUUUUUGAUCUAAACCAUAAACUACCCCUUUUGAAAAAAAUUCUAAUUUUGCGUUUUUCGUAAACAGUUGUUUUUAUAGUCUUUAAAGGCUUCUUUUUUAUCUAGAACGUCAGCAAACACUUUUUCUCCAUCUAUUUUUGAUAAAUACAAAAAAAGAAAAAACCUCAACUUUUUGACCAAAAUCAUGGACUAUCCCCUUUGCAAAAAUGCCAAUUUCGCCUUCUUUUUAAAUCCAUGUUUAUAUUGUCUAGAAAGGCUUGUUUUCUAACGACAACGUCAACAAAUACUUUUUCUGGGUGUAUUUUGCAUAAAACGAAACGUUCACAAAAUUUCCAAUAUUUGACCAAAACCAUGGACUAACCCCUUUGCAAAAAUGCCAAUUUUGUGGGUUUUUGAAACCGAUGUUUUUCUUGUUCAGAAAGGCUUGUUUCCUAUAUAAAACAUCGAAAAUCGUUUUUUCACGACUUAUUUUUACGAUCUAUGACAUGGGAAUACAGGGGGUUACAAGGGGUUACAGAGGGUUACAAGGGGUUACAAAGGGUUACAAGGGGUUACAAGGGGUUACAAGGGGUUACAAGGGGUUACAGGGGGUUACAGGGGCUACAGAGGGAUACAAGAAGUUGCAAGGGGUUACAAUGGGUUACAGGGGGUUACAAGGGGUGAGAGUGGGUGACAAGGGGUUACAAGGGGUUACAAAGGAUUAUAGAAACUUUUUUCUAACUAGAACGUUCCCAGAUACUUUUUCUUGGUCUAUUUUGCAUAAAAAUCAAAGUUCAACAAAUCUCUAAUUUUUGAUCAAAACGAUGGACUAACCCCUUUGGAAAAAUUCUAAUUUUGCGUUUUUCGUAAACAGUUGUUUUUAUAGUCUUUAAAGGCUUCUUUUUUAUCUAGAACGUCAGCAAACACUUUUUCUCCAUCUAUUUUUGAUAAAUACAAAAGAUGAAAAAACUUUAACUUUUUGUCCAAAAUCAUGGACUAUCCCCUUUGCAAAAAUGCCAAUUUCGCCUUCUUUUUAAAUCCAUGUUUAUAUUGUCUAGAAGGCUUGUUUUCUAACGAGAACGUCACCAAAUACUUUUUCUGGGUGAAUUUUACAUAAAACGAAACGUUCACAAAAUUUCCAAUUUUUGACCAAAACCAUGGACUAACCCCUUUGCAAAAAUGCCAAUUUUGUGGGUUUUUGAAACCGAUGUUUUUCUUGUUCAGAAAGGCUUGUUUGCUAUACAAAACGUCGAAAAUCGUUUUUUUACGUUUUAAUUUCACGAUCUAUUACAUGGGAAUACAGGGAGUUACAAAGGGUUACAGAGGGUUACAAAAGGUUACAAGGGGUUACAAUGGGUUACAGCGGGUUACAAGGGGUGACAGGGGGUGAUACAAGGGGUUACAAAAGAUUUAUAGAUACUUUUUUCUAUCUAGAACGUUCCCAGAACCAUGGACUAACCCCUUUGCAAAAAUGCCAAUUUUGUGGGUUUUUGAAACCGAUGUUUUUCUUCUUCAGAAAGGCUUGUUUGCUAUAUAAAAUGUCAAAAAUCAUUUUUUCACGAUUUAUUUUUACGAUCUAUGACAUGGGAAUACAGAGGGUUACAAGGGGUUACAAAGGGUUACAAGGGGUUACAAGGGGUUACAGAGGGUUACAAGGGAUUACAAGGGGUUACAUGGGGUUACAAGGGGUUACAAGGGGUGACAUUGGGUAACAAGGGGUUACAGGGGGUCACAAAGGUUUAUAGAAACUUUUUUCUGACUAGAACGUUCCCAGAUACUUUUUCUUGGUCUAUUUUGCAUAAAAAUCAAAGUUGAAGAAAUCUCUAAUUUUUGAUCAAAACGAUGGACUAACCUCUUUGGAAAAAUUCUAAUUUUGCGUUUUUCGUAAACAGUUGUUUUUAUAGUCUUUAAAGGCUUCCUUUUUAUCUAAAACGUCAGCAAACACUUUUUCUCCAUCUAUUUUUGAUAAAUACAAAAGAUGAAAAAACUUUAACUUUUUGACCAAAAUCAUGGACUAUCCCCUUUGCAAAAAUGCCAAUUUUGCCUUCUUUUUAAAUCCAUGUUUAUAUUGUCUAGAAAGGCUUGUUUUCUAACGAGAACGUCACCAAAUACUUUUUCUGGGUGUAUUUUGCGUAAAACGAAACGUUCACAAAAUUUCCAAUUUUUCACCAAAACCAUGGACUAACCCCUUUGCAAAAAUACCAACUUUGUGGGUUUUUGAAACCGAUGUUUUUCUUGUUCAGAAAGGCUUCUUUGCUAUAUAAAAUGUCGAAAAUCGUUUUUUCACGAUUUAUUUUCACGAUCUAAGACAUGGGCAAUACAGGGGGUUACAAGGGGUUACAGGGGGUUACAAGGAGCUACAGAGGGAUACAAGAAGUUGCAAGGGGUUACAAGGGGUUACAGGGGGUUACAAGGGGUUACAAGGUGUGAGAGUGGGUGACAAGGGGUUACAAGGGGUUACAAAGGAUUAUAGAAACUUUUUUCUAACUAGAACGUUCCCAGAUACUUUUUCUUGGUCUAUUUUGCAUAAAAAUCAAAGUUGAAGAAAUCUCUAAUUUUUGAUCUAAACCAUAAACUACCCCUCUUUGGAAAAAUUCUAAUUUUGCGUUUUUCGUAAACAGUUGUUUUUAUAUUAUUUAAAGGCUUCUUUUUUAUCUAGAACGUCAGCAAACACUUUUUCUCCAUCUAUUUUUGAUAAAUACAAAAAAAGAAAAAACCUCAACUUUUUGACCAAAAUCAUGGACUAUCCCCUUUGCAAAAAUGCCAAUUUUGCCUUCUUUUUAAAUCCAUGUUUAUAUUGUCUAGAAAGGCUUGUUUUCUAACGACAACGUCACCAAAUACUUUUUCUGGGUGUAUUUUGCAUAAAACGAAACGUUCAAAAAAUUUCCAAUUUUUGACCAAAACCAUGGACUAACCCUUUUGCAAAAAUGUCAAUUUUGUGGAUUUUUGAAACCGAUGUUUUUCUUGUUCAGAAAGGCUUGUUUCCUUUAUAAAACAUCGAAAAUCGUUUUUUCACGACUUAUUUUUACGAUCUAUGACAUGGGAAUACAGGGGGUUACAAGGGGUUACAGAGGGUUACAAGGGGUUACAAAGGGUUACAAGGGGUUACAAGGGGUUACAAGGGGUUACAGGGGGUUACAAGGGGUUACAGAGGGAUACAAGAAGUUGCAAGGGGUUACAAGGGGUUACAGGGGGUUACAAGGGGUUACAAGGGGUGAGAGUGGGUGACAAGGGGUUACAAGGGGUUACAAAGGAUUAUAGAAACUUUUUUCUAACUAGAACGUUCCCAGAUACUUUUUCUUGGUCUAUUUUGCAUAAAAAUCAAAGUUCAACAAAUCUCUAAUUUUUGAUCAAAACGAUGGACUAACCCGUUUGGAAAAAGUUCUUAUUUUGCGUUUUUCGUAAACAGUUGUUUUUAUAGUCUUUAAAGGCUUCCUUUUUAUCUAAAACGUCAGCAAACACUUUUUCUCCAUCUAUUUUUGAUAAAUACAAAAGAUGAAAAAACUUCAACUUUUUGUCCAAAAUCAUGGACUAUCCCCUUUGCAAAAAUGCCAAUUUUGCGUUCUUUUUAAAUCCAUGUUUAUAUUGUCUAAAGAGGAUUGUUUUCUAACGAGAACAUCACCAAAUACUUUUUCUGGGUGUAUUUUGCAUAAGACGAAACGUUCACAAAAUUUCCAUUUUUUGACCAAAACCAUGGACUAACCCCUUUGCAAAAAUGCCAAUUUUGUGGGUUUUUGAAACCGAUGUUUUUCUUGUUCAGAAAGGCUUGUUUCCUAUAUAAAACAUCGAAAAUCGUUUUUUCACGAGUUAUUUUUACGAUCUAUGACAUGGGAAUACAGGGGGUUACAAGGGGUUACAGAGGGUUACAAGGGGUUACAAAGGGUUACAAGGUGUUACAAGGGGUUACAAGGGGUUACAGGGGGUUACAAGGGGUUACAAGGGGUGACAGGGGUGACAAGGGGUUA